ACGGAGGUAAAAAGCUGUUGCACUACUAAUGCUAAACUGCUGUGUAGCUAGCCUUGCCGAUUGUUGCUGUCAGGGAAUUUCGUUUCUGCAUUGGUUAAAACUUUUUAAACCAGUGCACAGCUGAAUGAAUGUGACUGUGCGGCGUAUGUAUCACCGUUUCGUAAAAUCUAUAUGCGGUUGAGACGUUAAAAAUGAGAGAAAGAGCAUCUGUUUUGUGACUCAGCUCUUGUGUAGCAAUGGAGAAACCUUGGAGGCUGUGGGGGGCAAUGGAGCGUUGUACCCUCACUCUAGUCUCCUGGUCCUGGGGUGCCUGUCGAGUCUCCCUCUUAGCCCUCAUCCUCACCUUCCACCUAUAUGGAGGUUUUUUCCUCCUUGCUCUUAUCCUAGCAUCUGUGGCAGGUAUUCUCUACAAAUUUCAGGAUGUUCUCCUCUACUUUCCUGACCAGCCGUCCUCCUCUCGCCUUUACGUUCCAAUGCCAACGGGAAUCCCACAUGAGACUGUGUACAUCCGCACCAAAGAUGGGGUGAAGCUCAACCUCAUUCUGCUUCGUUACACAGGAGGAGACACGCCUCCUGGAGUCACAUCUGGCAAUCAAAGCAGCCCUGCUUCCUCUGCUCCACCUACAAUCCUUUAUUUCCAUGGUAAUGCAGGUAAUAUUGGUCACAGGGUGCCAAACGCCCUACUGAUGCUGGUCAAUCUGAAAGCAAAUGUGGUGCUGGUGGAUUACCGUGGCUAUGGAAAGAGCGAAGGAGAGCCCAGUGAGGAUGGGCUGUACCUGGAUGCUGAGGCCACAUUAGACUACAUAAUGACUCGCCCUGAUCUGGACAAGACAAAGGUUGUACUCUUUGGCCGCUCAUUAGGAGGUGCUGUGGCAGUACGUCUGGCUUCAGUCAACCCUCACCGUGUCGCAGCCAUUAUUGUUGAAAACACCUUCCUCAGCAUCCCCCACAUGGCAGCAACUCUCUUCUCCUUCUUGCCCAUGCGCUUGCUGCCCUUAUGGUGCUAUAGAAAUCAGUUCCUGUCCUAUCGACAGGUAGCGCAGUGCCGCAUGCCUUCACUGUUUGUGUCAGGUCUCUCAGACCAGCUCAUCCCACCAGUUAUGAUGAAACAACUGUAUGAGCUCUCUCCUGCACGGACUAAACGCCUGGCUAUCUUUCCAGAGGGCACGCACAAUGACACAUGGCAGUGUCAGGGCUACUUUGCUGCUUUGGAGCAGUUCAUGAAAGACCUGUUGAAGAGCCAUGCCCAUGAGGAGAGUGCUCAGCCCUCUGCUAGUGUCACCAUUAUCUGAUAAAACAGUCAGGACUGACUGUAACUAUGGGCUGGAUGGAGUGAUUGAUUGGAGGGACUUAAUUAAGUUUCGGAAAGAAUGUCAUUUUGUUUUUUUAAUUCUUUUGUUUUAUUUUAUUUCACUCUUUUUAUCUUUCUGUAAAUUUGAUAUGUUAAAAUAUUUUCACUAUUUCAAGGUUUUAAGCGGUGGUAACACUGCUCUGGAUUCUUUGGUGUUGCAGCGACGAAUGCAUGUAUUUAUGACCUUUUUGUGAAUGAAGCCUGAGCAUACGUGCCCACACCACAAGAUGUCAGAGCUACAGAAGAAAUUGCUGUUGAAAUCACUUAAAAUUAAUCCGAGAAUUUCUCAUAGUGUCUUGACAACUUAAGACACUAUGUAGUGUUUUAGUAAAAUUUGGUUACCACAAUAAUCAAAAUGACAAAUAUUAGCGUCUCAUUUUGUAAAUUAGAAUAAUAUGUGGGACUAUAUUGUAAAUAUUUCUUAAUACAUUGCACUUUUCUGUUUUCUGGAUUAACCAAGUUUUUGAUUAGGUAGACUAACAUCUCAUGAGCAAUACUCUGUAAAGGAUUAGGAUGUUUUAUUUAUUUUAUUUUUUCUUUUCUUCCCUUUUGGCAUCAAGGAUCACUGUCAUGCAUGUGCAGCAGCUUGGCAUAUGAUGACAUUCUACUGAUAAAUAUUUAUGUUCACCCUAGAGAAGUUUGUCUUCUGCAUUUUCAUUGAAACAUGUUUCAUAUUUGUAUUCAGCUCACAGGGAUGAUGAGGUCACAGACAAAAAAAGAUGACUUGUUUGACACUGCUUCUUAAAAAAAAUAAAUAAGAAAUUAUUUUCUGUCAAACUAUGCCUGUGUCAUUAAGAUUAGGAGAAGCUACAAGCUGUUUUCCCUGGUAUUGUUUCUUGCUGAAAUAAAACUAGCACACAGGAUACUAGUAAUCUAUGAAAUGGAUUUCAGUUGGGAUAGAAACUUGGAUGCUUGUAGUUUGGUGAAGCAUUUCUUUGGUUUGUUAUUCAGACAGGUUUGGGUUAAUUCAGGUCUGUCCUAGUAUAUUGCUUUAAUGCUACUAUGUUUACUGAAAGAGAUGUAAUCCUCUUGGCCCUACUGGUAAUUUGGAGAUGCAUUCACUAAAUAAAUCUUUUGCAGGUGAUCAGGGAUAAAAUAAACGGAUCUAAUUCUGUCCAAGAAAUAUUUCCAAGUUGUAUAUAAGAUGAAAUCAGUCUGAGGCAGAUGUGAAGAUAUAGUCGAAUGAGAAGAAACUGUUGACUAUUCCUGGCUACUGCAAAACAACAAGGAAGUGUAAUCUGGCAAAUUUCAGAAGGGGAAUUAAACUGAAUUUAGGAUGAAUUACUGGUCAGACUUUUUUUUUUUUUUUUUUUUCCCCCGAAAGAGAGGAAACCCAGUAGGGGAUAUCUAAUGAUCAGUACAUCUUUACAUUGACCAUUUCUCUUUUUUUUUUAACCUGCACAUACAAUGUAUGCAAGUGUGAGUUUUAAGUUAGCUGUCAAAAGUUUAAAUGAACCUGUCCAGAACUAGGAAUAAAGUGUUGGAAUUUUUA